AUGUCUUUCAGCUCGGCCGCGUUCGUCCGGCAGAAGCUCUGCGUGGACUACGCAGCCUUGAAACAUGCCUGUCCCAAGGGCGUCUACGUGGCUCCCGUGCCAGAUCAUCCACUCCUGUGGACAGGCGUGCUCUUCGUCCGCAAAGGACCGUACAUGAACGCCGUGCUCCGUUUCCAAAUUGACUUUGGCGACGACUAUCCCCAGCGGCCGCCAGUCGUUACAUUCCAAAGUGAUGUCUUCCACCCACUUGUAACACCUCUCACCACGUACACGUACUCCAGCAGGGAUUUCACCACGGACCCGGCAUUUAGUGCCGUCGACAAUCACCGACUCCCUCCGGGCGGCCUCAGUCUGCGUCAUGGCUUCCCAGAAUGGUUCCAAUCUGCAAGCGACGUUGCAAGCCGCGCAGACGUGAAAGAGUCUGGUGUAGCACGAGAGCACCACGAAGACGGAGGCGCUCCGCCCGAGCAACAUGAACAAGGCAACCCGAAGCACCAGCAGCUACCGCAUGUCGUUGAGCUGCUGCAGUUCAUUCGGGUGGUGUUUGAUACGGAGGAGGUGUUGGAUUCGAUACCUAUGGAUGCUGCGGCCAACAAUGGCGCCUGGCAUGCAUGGAGAAGCUACCGCUCCAAGACGCCAGCGGCCAGCAGAGCAACAUCUGUGGCACGCUCGCUUGGGGAGAGCAGGGACCAGAGUAAAGAGCGAAGUGCUUCUCCAAGACAGCAGCCAGGAGGGGCACGUAGGCCAGGUGAGUGGAACUGGCAGGGCGUGUGGGAGGAUAGAGUGAGGAAGAGUGUCAAUGCGAGUCUGUCAGAGCCGGUGCUCUAUGGUGGUGACAGCAACGAUGUGAUCAACUUCUUCAAGAUAGACCAAGAGACACUCAGCCAAAUCUCGCCAAUACGGCAGGUCGAGACUUCAAGCUGA